GGUGCAGUAGGUUCCGGCAAUCGUAGGCGUUCAGUAAUUGCAUGCAUUUCAAUCGGCGUGAAUUCAAAGUAUUUCGGCGAUGAUUCACUGCUUGUCAACCAUUCGUCUCCGACACCGCCAAGUCGUACAGAUAGAUCAUCUACUAUUGAGUGGAUUUCCUGAAAAUGACAAUUGA